AUGUUUCUCUCUAUAUUUUUCUACUUUCUUUUUUCGGAUACUCUCAUUUACCUUCUUUUCCCUCAAAUAUACUUCUCAGCGGCUGCCAUUUUCAUUUUAUCAUUCUUUCUUUCUUUCUUCCUUCCUUUUGACUCUAACUGCUUCUUUUCUCUCUCUCUCCCUCUAUCUCUCUCUCUGUCUCAUUUCUUUUUAACUAUCUCUAUACUUUAUCUCCCCCCCUCUCUCUCUCUCUCUCUCUUUGUAUGUUUCUCUCUCACUCUUUCGCUUUCACUCUCUCUAUUUCUAAUAUCUCUUCUACUUUCUUUUAUACUCUCACUUGUAAUUUUCUGUUCUGAUCUAUCUUAUUCUAAUGUCAUUCAAAGCGCUUUCUCUCUUCCCCCUCUCUCUAUCUCUCUUUGUUUCUCUCUCACUUCUUUUCCAUAUCUCUUCGAAUUUCUUUUUUUACUCUCUCUAGUACUUUCCCUUCUAUUCUUCAUCACUAUCUUUAGUUUGAAUUUCGUCUUUUUUUUUUUUAAUUCAUUCUUACCGUUUUUCUCCCUACCCUCUCGUUCGUUCAAGUUUUCUUUUGUUUUUCUUUAUCUUUUAACUCUCUCUCUCUCUCUUCCUCUCUCUCUUGUCUUAUUUAUUCUUCCUCUAAACUUUUGGUUUCUCUUUCCUCCUCAUAUUUCUCCACUACUCUUUCUCUCUUUCUUUUCCUUUCUUUAUUUCUUUGUUCCUUUCUUUCUUUCUUUCUUUCUUUCUUUCUUUUUUAUUCCCUUAAUACUUGGAACUAUUGUAGCUCUCUCUCUCUCUCUCUCUCUCUCUCACAUUAUCUCUUAUUUCUUUCUUUCUUCGAGAUUAUCUUACAUUUUCUUACCCAUUCUCCCUACUGCUUCCACACCCUUUAUUUUAUCAGCUUUCUUUCUACAUAAUUUUUCCUCACUCUCUUUCUCUCUUGCCAUCUAUCUAUCUAUCUAUAUAUAUAUAUAUAUAUAUAUAUAUAUAUAUAUAUAUAUUUCUUUAUCACUUCAUUAUUUCUUCCCCCUCCUUUUUAUUUCUUUCUUUUCGUCGUCUUUCUAUUUCUUUCACUUCUCUCUUUUCUUGUUUACUUCUUUCUUGAUCUUUCUUCCGCUCUUUCGAGCUCUUUACUUCCUUUCCAUUUUAUUGAUUUCUCUCUCUCUCUCUCGCUUAAUUCCUCUUGUUCCUCCUCUUCGUCUCUCUUCUCACUUUCACUCUCUAUCACUCGUUUUCCUCUCUGAUCCAUCGCACACCUUCGACCGAUUCCGACAAGAGAAGUGUCGCCGGAAUCAUCCCAACCGAUACCUUGAUGACGCAGCUUUAAGUAACAGCAAGCAGAAUAAAUGCACACACUGUAGCAAAGAUGGCUAUGAUAAAAGCGAUCCCAUCAGCAGCAGCAAGCAAAGACGGACCGACGGGGUAGGAGAGGCUACAUACAAAACCGUCAAUAUCGGUUUGAGAGUGCAACGACGCACAAUAGACCAUAUUGCAGGAAGCAGCAGAGAAAAGUCGAUGAUGCAAAGUCGGUAG